CCCGGCGGCGGCGGAAGCGGAAAUGCCUCGGCGGCGGGGGCCGCGGGAAGAGUCGGCGGCGUCCCUACCUCCCUUUCAACUGCAGCAACAGACGGGGGCCCCGCGCAGGUGCUUUGGACACGGGUGACCAAGAGGGAAGAUCUGCUCUUCGAUACUGGAGAUAACCCAGCAAUGGGUCCACGAAAGAAAAGCGUUAGAACAUGUCUUGUGAAUAAUGAGAUCCCUGAGGAAACAAUAUCAGAUGAAACAAAGGACUAUAUGAAUCAACUUUCACACGAAGUGCUUUGCCAUAUUUUUAGGUACCUCCCUCUGCAGGAUAUCAUGUGUAUGGAAUGUCUUUCCCGGAAGCUGAAGGAAGCAGUGACCCUCUACCUGAGAGUCGUGAGGGUCGUGGAUCUCUGUGCAGGCCGGUGGUGGGAAUACAUGCCAAGUGGCUUCACAGAUUCCAGUUUUCUAACACUAUUGAAGAAGAUGCCAGAUGUCGAACAACUAUAUGGCCUCCACCCUAGAUACCUUGAGAGGCGAAGGGUCCGGGGCCACGAGGCUUUUAGCAUUCCAGGAGUUCUGGAGGCUUUGCAAGCUUGCCCAAACUUAGUGGGUGUGGAAACUUCUCACUUGGAAUUAGUAGAAUCUAUUUGGACAUAUAUGCCACAUGUUCACAUUUUGGGGAAAUUUCGUAAUCGUAAUGGAGCAUUUCCAAUUCCUCCUGAAAAUAAACUGAAAAUUCCUAUAGGAGCCAAAAUUCAAACUUUACAUUUAGUUGGAGUGAAUGUUCCCGAAAUUCCUUGUAUCCCGAUGCUAAGGCAUCUUUAUAUGAAGUGGGUAAGACUCACCAAACCACAGCCAUUCAAAGACUUCCUGUGUAUCAGCUUACGGACUUUCGUCAUGAGGAACUGUGCAGGUGGUUUUAGAAAUUUGCACACUAUUGUUUUGGGAGCUUGCAAGAAUGCUCUUGAAGUAGAUCUUGGUUACCUCAUCAUUACUGCUGCCCGUAGGUUACAUGAAGUUCGGAUCCAGCCUUCCCUAACCAAAGAUGGCGUCUUUUCUGCCCUGAAGAUGGCAGAGUUGGAGUUCCCCCAGUUUGAGACCCUUCAUCUGGGAUAUGUAGAUGAGUUUUUGCUGCAGAGCAGAAUGGCCAAUGCAGAUCUGGUGAAGUUUGGUUUGGCUGAUGUGGUAGAAAAUCCUGGUAUCAUCACCGAUAUAGGGAUGAAGGCAGUCAAUGAAGUUUUCUCUUGUAUCAAAUAUCUGGCAAUUUAUAAUUGCCCCCAUCUACAUAAUCCAUACAAUUGGAUCUCAGACCACUCAAGAUGGACUCGCUUGGUUGAUAUCAACUUAGUACGGUGCCAUGCUUUGAAGCUGGACUCCUUCGGCCAGUUUAUUGAAUUGUUGCCCAGCCUGGAGUUUAUUUCACUGGACCAGAUGUUUCGUGAGCCACCCAAAGGUUGUGCUCGAGUUGGACUGAGUGCAGGCACAGGAAUUGGAGUUUCCUCAGCUCUCGUUAGCAACCAGAACUCCAACAAUGACAAUGAUAAUAAUGCCCAGAAUAAUGCCAACAUCCACGACAACAAUCACCAUCACCCAGACGACUCAGAUGAGGAGAACGACUUCCGGCAGGACUUGCAGCCCGGAGAGCAGCAGUUUGCAGCCGACGCAUUGAAUGAGAUGGAAGACAUGGUGCAAGAAGAUGGAGAGGUGGUGGCCGCGAGUGGACAUGAGACUCCAGCUCACAGUCAGGCGGUUAUUCCUGUGGAUGUUGACGAGGAACAAGCAGGACCCAGUGGUCUGCAGCGCGUAGUAAAGCCAACGCCGAUCACUGUUCACGACUCGGAGAGCGACGAUGAGGAAGACAGCCUGGAGCUGCAGGAGGUCUGGGUUCCCAAGAAUGGUGCUCGCCGCUAUUCUGAGCGUGGGGACAAAAACGGGGAGCCACUGCAGUCCAGGGAAUUGUCAGUAAGUGGAAAAGGAAAGACUCCACUUCGAAAGAGGUCCACCUCCCAUCAGAUGGGCCAGUCGAAGCAGUUUCCCCUCGAGGAGAGCAGCUGUGAGAAAGGCUGUCAGGUCACCAGUGAGCAGAUCAAAGCCGAUAUGAAAGCAGCUAGGGACAUUCCUGGAAAGAGAAAACCCAAGGAUGCUUAUCCCAGCUGCAGCAGCGCCACCGCCAGCACAGUGGGGAACUCCAGCUCACUCAGCACUGCUUCUCAGAGCCCCGACUUUGUAAGGACGGUGGACAGCAGCGGCUCUUCCGAGCCUAGCCCUCCAGAAGUGGAUGUGUCCAGGCAGUGUGUCUGCCCCCCCGGUGGGGCAGAGGACUCUGAGCCCAUGGAGGAGGGAGAUGCAGAGAGUUCUGUCUGCCCCAGAUGCUGCUGUCACAGGCCCCAGGAAUCCCAAAGGAGAACUAGCAGGUGUUCUGAUGAGGAACGUCCUUCAACCAGCCGAGCCUGUGUUGUGAAUGGCCCGGAUGGUACGAGAUCCGCCUUUUCCUUUAGGACUCUGCCACCAGGGGGGUCCUCAGGCCCAGCACAUGGUGAGAGGACUAAUGGGAGUGGCUCGGGGGCUGCAGGCGAGGACAGGAGGGGGAGCUCCCAGCCCGAGAGCUGUGACGUGCAGUCUGAGGAAGACUACCCUCGGAGGCCCCUAACAAGGGCCAGGAGCAGACUCUCCCAUGUACCGCUGGUACCUGAGUCAGAGGUUACCAGAACAAAGCCACGUCAUGCUGUGAAGCGGAAACGGACGGCAGAUAAGUCCACCAGUACCAGUGAUCCUGUGAUUGAGGAUGACCACGUGCAGGUCCUUGUAUUAAAAUCCAAAAAUCUUGUUGGGGUCACUAUGACCAACUGUGGAAUCACAGACCUGGUGCUGAAAGACUGUCCCAAGAUGAUGUUCAUCCACGCUACCAGGUGCAGGGUACUGAAACACUUAAAAGUAGAAAAUGCGCCAAUCGUAAACCGGUUUGACUAUGCACAGUGCAAGAAACUGAAUAUGGACCAGGUGCUAGACCAGAUCCUACGGAUGCCUCCUGAGAGGAAUCGCAUCGUAUACCUGCGCCCGAUGCAGCAGGUGGACACACUAACGCUGGAGCAGAAGCUGUUCAGUGGCCCCUACCCCUAUCACAUCUGCAUCAUCCACGAGUUCAGUAACCCCCCCAACGUCCGGAACAAGGUGCGCAUCCGCAGCUGGAUGGACGCCAUCGCGAACAUCAACCAAGAGCUCAUUAAGUAUGAAUUCUUCCCUGAAGCCACACGAAGUGAAGAUGACUUAAAAAAGUACCCCAAGUACCCUUGGGGCAGAGAAAUCUAUACUUUAGAAGGUGUUGUGGAUGGAGCUCCUUAUUCCAUGAUUUCUGACUUCCCUUGGUUGAGGUCACUGCGGGCAGCAGAACCCAACAGUUUCGCCAGAUAUGAUUUUGAAGAUGAUGAAGAAAGCACCAUCUAUGCUCCUCGAAGGAAAGGGCAGCUGUCUGCAGAUAUCUGCAUGGAAACAAUAGGCGAGGAAAUUUCAGAGAUGCGCCAGAUGAAGAGGGGCGUGUUUCAGCGAGUGGUGGCGAUCUUCAUCCACUACUGCGAUGUCAACGGAGAGCCGGUUGAGGAUGACUACAUUUGACUGGUCCCUCUCCCUUCCCAGCUGCUUUUUGGUAGAAAGCUGUGGGGACCGUCCAGCUGCCAGGGAGUUCCACAGGGUCUUGGGGCAUGUGGUUGGCCUGGCUCAGUUUGGUAUAUAAGAAAUGUAUAAGGAGCAUUGAAGUUGUAUACAAAGAUUUGUACAUAGAGGAAAUAUACAGACACUUCCUAACUACCAGCUUUAUAUCAUAUGUUUAUACAGUUUAAUUUAAAAAUUCAUUUUAAUGAAGGCAGAUAAUUGGAAAGAGUUCGUUUUGUUUGUUUUUCUGACUUAGUUCAUAAAGUGUCACUUUUGGUUGAGCUCCCCCCCCCCCCCGUUUACUGUCUUCUUAAUAAUCACUGUCACCCACUUCAAUUGGUGCCUUUCCCUUCACGAACGAAGCUGAGUAAACCUGUUGAAGGUCUUGGUCUUGUGUGCUUUUUUGUGUUAUUAUUAAAACACCAACUAAACCCUGUAGUCAGAGGCGGUAUAUGUUUGUACAAAAUCUUUGUGCUUCUUUUUUCUCUCGGUAUUAUAGUUGCCAUAUUUCAGAAAAUCAAGAAAAUGACUCUUGAGUUAAACCAACUUGAGUUGGAGGGAGAAAUGGAAAAGUUUCCAAAGUAUUUCUAGUUAUUUAUUUCCACAUUCAAUUGUGUAUAUGCUUUAUCUUGAAUAUAAAAAUAAAAGUUUAUUAAAAACUUU